AUGGAGAGGACUUUGAUAGAGGAGGAUAAGCCAAGCUCAAAAACAAACAAACGUAGAAGCAAAAAGUUUUUGAAGCAGUGCGGACUGGCCAAGCAAAAGUGUGAUGUCUGCCACGAAAUCUUCUACAGCCGAGCGUGCUAUGUAUACACAAUUCAGCCUAUUCGACUCCAGAAAACCAACAAAUCAAUGUAUGCGGUAUCAAUAUUGCGAAACGUGUUGCAAGUCUGUUCUAUCACAACAAUCACCAUGAUGGGAACGGAACCGGUCACCACCUACACAAUUUUUGUCUUUACCAAAAAACUGAAAAUGCAUACAACGUCAGGGUUCCCAGAUUAUUUUCAUCACCAUGAUCUGAUCUACACCGUCAUAAUAAUUGCCUAA